UUAUCUUGCUAAACAAACGGACCCAUAAGAAAUCCAUAUUUAUGGUCUAUUUAUUUAUUUGAAAUUUUAAAAAAUAAAUUUAUUAUAUAGAACCAUAAUUAAUGUGCUAGCAAUUAAUUUUUAUAUGGUCGUGACAAGAUACAAUGUGGAAUAUGAACUAACAUGGCUGCUAUAAGGAUGAGUUGAAGUAUGAUAAUGAUUUCGAGCUUUUGCGGCAAGGUCCUCUUGGAUCUUAUCCUUUGAACAAUUGUUUCAUCGCAUUAGUUGAGAUCUUAUUGUGUGCCAUGUAGUGAUGCCCGAGAGUGAGUAAGUGCCGACACAGAGAAGUAUCAAUGUAUUUACUUGGCGUCUUCUUUCUGUAUACUGCUUUUAUAUUACAUCUUCUCAUUUUUGACCUGUCAAAUUUUAGAAUAUUGUUAUUUUUUCUUUUUGGCUUUCAAAAUUUCCAGUGCAUUUCUACUUAUCCAUUUUUGGGGUGGGAUUGGGGUGGGAAAAUUGGUCAGGUUGACAUAUGGGAAGAGAGGAAAGUUUUUGGAUCUCGUGGUCAGAACCUUAAAGAUGAGAUGCUGGGUAAGAAUCCCCCUCCUCUGCUGGUUAGUAAUGGAAAGAAUUCAAAUCCCAUCAAGAUAGUGAAGAGGGAUGCACACUCAUUAAGAAUUAAAUUGGCUGUUGGCGCUAUACCGGAGAGAAUAGUAACUGCAUUUCACUUGGUUCAUGAUGCAAAUGUGAAUGAAGAAGCUGCUUUAGACAAGUGUAAAGAUGCAGUUCGUCGAGCUGGUGAAAUGGACAAAGAUGUUGACAAUAUGUCUGCUCAAGGUAUGUGUUGCACUUGUAUCCUCUAG